AGGGAAAGGGUACCGCUGCGCCGGGCAGGGGGUUCUACGGGGUCUCAGCAAUAGGGAGGGAGGGAGAGCUUCCGACGACAUCUAAGCAGAUCCUCAUUUGCAUAGGUAAAGAAACUGAGGGUUCUAUGCCGAUGAAUGAGGAGGUGUAAAAAUCCUCCAUACCAAAACAUUUCUUGCUUGGUUUUGUUUUUAAAAAUGCUUUACUUGAUUGGUCUUGGACUUGGAGAUGCCAAAGAUAUUACAGUAAAAGGGCUGGAAGUAAUAAAGCAGUGUAGCAGAGUAUAUUUGGAAGCCUACACUUCUAUCCUAACUGUUGGAAAAGAAGCACUGGAAGAUUUCUAUGGUAAAGAGCUGAUCCUUGCUGACAGAGAAAUUGUAGAGCAAGAUGCUGAUGGUAUCCUGAAAGAUGCACAUCAAACUGAUGUGGCUUUUCUUGUAGUUGGUGAUCCUUUUGGGGCAACUACACAUAGUGACCUUGUUCUCCGGGCUGUGAAGCAGGGAAUUCCUUACAGAGUGGUCCACAAUGCUUCCAUAUUGAAUGCUGUUGGCUGCUGUGGUCUACAGCUCUAUAACUUUGGAGAAACAGUUUCUAUUGUAUUCUGGACAGACACAUGGAAGCCUGAGAGUUUUUUUGACAAAAUUAUAAAAAACAGAAAAAAUGGGAUGCACACACUGUGCCUACUUGACAUUAAAGUAAAAGAGCAGUCAGUGGAGAAUCUCAUGAGGGGAAAGAAAAUCUUUGAGCCACCACGCUACAUGAGUGUGAAUCAAGCAGCUGAGCAACUUCUUGCCGUUAUCCAGAAUCGCCGGCUACAGGGCCAAGAGCCAGAAGUAACUGAAAACACUGUCUGUGUAGGCUUAGCAAGAGUUGGUGCACUUGAUCAGAAGAUUGCAUCAGGGACUCUACAGGAUAUGAGUACAGUGGCCCUCGGCGAUCCUCUGCACUCUAUGAUCAUAACUGGAAUAUUGCAUCCCUUGGAAGUAGACAUGCUUAAAUUAUUUGCAGUAGAUAAAUCCAUCUUUGAACACCACUGAAUUAGAAACUCUUUGUGCCUUACUGGGAAAAGACGCUGAUAAAUUCCUUGUUGGCAACAGACUACUCUACAAAGAAGUCACCCAUAUCUUUCUAAAGACGACAGAUAGCAAGCCCAAUUGUGAUUCCUUUAUGGCUCAGGCUCACUGCGUGCAAUUUGUAAAUGUUUUGUUACUUGACAGAAGUAAAAUAAAAAUUGAGAGUAUUGUAUUGAUUCCACCUGUAUAGCAGGUGAUGGGAGAACACUCAGUAUGGCAAAAGAGAAAAUUCAAAAGAUGAAAUAUAGCACUUGGCUAGGAUGGUUAAUUGUUAAAGAUUUGAAAACAAAAAAAAAAUAUUUCUAUCUUGUUGGCGAUAUCCCAAGGAAGUAAACCUGUGCCUAAACUGUAUCAUUUCCAACUGCGGAUAAUAACAACAGUAGCAGUAGAUAAAGCUUGAAUUGAACUUAAACUACUAGCUUUUGCUGAGCGUUCUUAUAAGGCCGUCAGAUCAAAGAGACUUAAGGAAAUUUACAAUUAAAAAUUCUGUAAAAAAAACAAAUACAGAAAAUAAGCAGUGCUUUGAGGAAGUCCAAAAACCCAGUUCUAGCCCUUUUUCAGUGACAGCACAAGGCACCUCAACUCAUGGCCUGAUCGAUCAAAAAGUUCAGUAUUUUCUGUAGCAUUUUCUGUAAGAAUGGUAUUCUAGCAAGUAGGAGUCAUGACAGAGGAGAUAGGAAUCUGGGAUCUCUCAAAGGACACUGAAAUGGGCAGAAUGGGCAGAAGAAAUUGGGGAAAGUUAAUCCCACAAAUAAUCUAAUCUUGAACCAGGAAGGGCUUUAUGGAUGAUAUUGUGCUUGCUCACAGAGCAGAGUCAUCACACAAGUGAGAUGGGCAGCACUAUCAAUCUACUAAGUCAGUGUUUCCCAAACUUGACAAUUUUAAGGCAUGUGGACUUCAACUCCCAGAAUUCCACAGCCAGCGUUGCUGGCUGUGGAAUUCUGGGAGUUGAAGUCCUCAUGCCUUAAAAUUGCCAAGUUUGGGAAACACUGUACUAAGUAAAUAAUUACUUGUACAGUUCCAUGCUGGAUCAACUGUACUUUCCAAGUGGUGUGCCAAGUGCAGUCCUACAUGGACCACAUUAUAGAAAUCCAAAUAAAAGGUAACUAAGCCAUGAGUAAUUAUGAGACUGGUCUCUCGGCCUAGGAAAGGCUUCAGUUGGCACACACAAUGAAUCCAUGUAAAAGGUGUCUGCUUCCUUUCUUCAAACAAGUGAUAGGAAAGUGGGCCAUGCACUGGCUGUAUGGAGAUGGAGAUUUUUGGACUGAAUCCAUGCAAAUAAUUCCUUGCAGAGAAAAAUAAUGUCUCUGCAGAAGCUGCGUUAGAAUUGCCUUACUAGUUCCCUGCACAGCUUGGCCAAGAAGGUCAAUUGUGUACAGCAGAGACGGCAUCCAGACCACAGGCCAUUUCAAAAGUGGAGAGGGUCUUGGGGACCCCAUCAGUGUAUGCAGCCAAUGGUUCAUAAUUCUCAUGCAGCUCUCCUUUAUUCCUUUUUUCUUUAAAUCCUUUUUACAGCAUGUCCUUUCAAAAAUAAAGAGACUAUGUCCUUCCAAAUGAAAUAAGACUCAAAAAGAUCUCUGCCUCUAGAGCAAGCAGGAGGUAUCCACUUUCAACUAUAUGUGAUGUGGGAAAUGGACUUUGGCAGUUGGUUCAAUGUACUAUUUGUAUUGACUUCUCCUUCUCUCUGCUGUUUUCUGGAGAUUUAGAGGUUCCUCCCCAAAAAUUUCAAGGGAGAUUAAAGAAUGCCAUCUUUUCUGUGCCAUUUCCAAGAAGAGGUGCCUCAACUCAACACUGCCUUGAGUUUCUGCAGAAAGAGUGGGAAGUAAAUCUACCCAACCAACCUCACAUUAUCACUGCAUUUUGAUUCACACAUUGUGUUUUACUAAUACGUGGCUUAGCAUGCUAUGCGGGACCAGCUGCUGUUGUGCAUCAACCACAAUGUACAGCUAAGGUCUACGACACCUCUAUCUUUUUUGCCAAGUAGAAGAGAACUUAAGAAUGCUCUAAAAAUGUAUUUCACUCCAAGAACUACAUAAACAAUAUAUGACCUUUUAAAAAAAAGUUUUAUUGAUAAGAAAAAUUGAUCCCAAAUAUGUCAAACAUUUUUGCUGUUUCAAUAAAGAUUAUAUUAAAGUAGAAAAAAAUCCAAUAAAAUGUUCAAUAUUGCACUGACAGCAAAUCAGACUGGCUGCUAGCUAUAUUAUUUUCAAGUUUAUUUCCAGUAUAUUAUCUUCAGCUACCACUUUGAAUUUAUCGGUAACUAAAUUCCUUAAAUUGUACAAAACACCAGGGCUUUAGAAACUAAACAAAAGGAACUAAGAGUUUCGCCAUUUUCUCAUGCAGGAGAAUGUAUGGCUAGGCCAUAAAUGCAAUCUAUAAUCUUUAAUUUAAAUCGAGGCUUGGCAACAAGACACCACCACUAAAUAGUGGUUACUAAUCUCAAAAGUUAAAAAUAGGCAGCUGAAAUCCUAUUAAAUCAGUGUUCUCAAGUCAGAAUUUGGACUAUUAGAAAUUUAUUUGACAGCUACAGGUUGCAUAGUGAUUCACGUUGCCUGAACAGACUGCAGACCCCUGCGUAAUUUUUUUAUUUAUCCAAUUUAUUUGCUGCCCAUCUUGUGGUUCAAGGCGACUGGCAAGUUUUGGGAACUGAUAUAGCAACCAGGCCUCAGUAAAUGAAAUAUGCAAACAAUGCUUUUAGUAUUUCAUUACAGUGACACUUUCCCCUCAAGACAAUGGGAGAAUAAAAACAGAAAAAUCCAUCUGUGCUAAAGCUUAGUCACAGGUUCGAAGUAAAUUUACUCAUUGGUGAGAGUUUUUAAAGUUAUAAAAAAAAUUGCAAAAAGAUCAGGUCAAAGUAGGAAGCAGGACUGAGAAAAAUGCAUAUUGAAGUACUUUCUGUGGCAAAAUAAAAGCAGAAUCAAGAUUUAAGAAAUUUAGAACAAAACAGGAUAAUUUUCUAAACUGGACAAAGCAUGGGUUUCAUCUAAAUCGGGUAGGCAAUCUUGGCUCUUUUAUAACUCGUGGACUUCAACUCCCAGAAUUCCUGAGCCAAGAUGGCUCAGCUUGGAAACUUCUCUUUCCCCUCAGCAUGGCUGGCUCAGGAAUUCCGGGAGUUGGAGUCCAGAGUCAUAAAAGAACCAAGGUUGCCUACCCCUGAUCAAAAUCAUACCAACCAUAUUUGCAAAGAAAAAAAAAACUGCAGUUCUCCCCUGGAAAACAUAAUUAAUUUCAGCCCCCCCCCACCCCACAAAACCAGCCAUUGAUAUUUCCACUGCCAAUCUCGAUUUCUUCAUCUGCCAACAAUAUUCAUUUGAUAAAGUGCAGCUAGCAUCUCUUCUAAAAAUUUUGGCCACAGUUAGACCAGUACUUUGUUUACUAGCCAAGACUCUGAAUAAAAUUGCAAGCGUUCAUUUUUAGGAAUGAAAAAGCACUGAAAAAAAACCAGGUUAUUCAAGUCGCUGGUUCCAUCUGUAGAAAAUAAUGUCCUAAGCUCUCAGCUAUGUUUGGCAGCCUAUUUUCCCUCAAGAAUGAAACAGAUCCUAAGAUUAAGCCUAAUACUUCGAACUUAAAAUUAUAAAGAACACUUUUUCCUUCAUAUUAUCUAUCUGGAGCUUAGCGGACAAUAAACCUGUUCUACAGAUCUCCUAAAUUAAGUAUCUUGUCUCGUGAUUAGACCAAAAUGCACAUUUAUUUAGGGAGUGAGAUCUCUGCUACACUAUAUGGUUUCGAGGCAACACAUUCAAUGUAUGUUAUGUUGCCAAAAGUUAGAUAAAAGCACAUUUCAGUGCCACAUAUUUGGCAAAAGUAUAAUUUAACAUGCUUUGCUGUUUGACAUUUGGCCGAGAGAAGUCAGCAGCAAUAACGAGGACUACAUCCUGCAGAAACAAAACGAAGAGCAUAUUAACCCCACUAAAAAGGGUAAGCAGUUUCCAGCGUCUCUUAUUUAAGGCACACCCAAGAUUCAGAACGUGCCAACAAAAGCCACUGGAACAGUCAUGUCAAAGCGUAAGCAAAAUUUGCACCGAUGCACAAAUCAGUGGAAUAAGUUGAUUUUCUUUUUUGAAGAAGUGAUUACAAGUAAAGUAUUUAACAACAAGUUAAUGACCUAUUUCAGCCAACCCUUUCUCUGAAACAGAUUCAGAGGGGAUGGGGAUUCACAUUAGUCUACAAAGAGCUAAAUAAUUAUCUCCCUGGGAAAAAAUAAUAUUUCUGCACCAAGUGAAAACAGCACAAAUUUUUUCCCCGGGAAAUCUGCUGCUAUUGUCUUUUAUGAAUGAGGGAAAUAAGAAAACAGUAAUACACAAAACAGUUUUCAUUGUGUCUUAUGGAAAGGAAGGAGGCCCAAAUACGCUACUGUGCAAAAAUAAUGAAUCAAAACUUAUAUUAGGGUUUAAAUUACAGGUUGCAUAAAAAUACAUUUCUAACAUUUAAGCAAAACAAAGCAGGGUUAGAAAUUAAAUAACCAGUAAAAGGUUAUCUAACAACCAAGGGAUUAAAAAUAAUAAAAAGUUAUUCCCAUAAAAACAGAAAAUCCACACUUACAGUUUUUUCCAAUAUAAAAUUCAGGUCCAUUUUAUGUAUUUCUGAUGCCUAAUACAAUUUCAUGCAAGCAUUAAAAAAAAACAAUUGUUUGUAUUUAAAAAAAACCAUUUCUGACCAUUAGUAAAUGCUAGCCUUCAUUUUUCUAGGCAAGGACAUAUUGCUUGCAUCGCACACUUUUAUUACAAUUGUCUUAAAAAGUCUAGUGAUUUCUGUUGAUUUGACAAACAAUGAAUUGGGGCUUUCCAUAUUAACUUAAAAUGGAGACUAGCUUCUGACCAACUUCAGUUCCAACAUUAGAAACAGCAAAAUGCACAUGUGGCAUUCUAACCAAAUGAAACCUUUAAAUAUUACACUUGCACAGUGGGAUAUAUAGACACCAGACAUAUUACCCAGAAUGCUCCUGUGAAGUUUUGAAAGAACUUUAAUUACGAUGGAGAAUAGCAGCACAGACAAUAUUGGCAGAGCCAGUCACUAAAUAAUUAAGUGCUAGAAAAUGCUGCUGUAAGAUUUAUAGGUCCUACAAGAAACUGAUAAAAAAAAA